AAAAAAUGGAUCUAGUAUUAUAGAUAAUAUACACUGACUAGAUUUAAAUAAUCUAAAGAAAAGUAUGAAUGAAUAAAAAUGUCGAGAUUUUUCACAUUUUUAUACGUACGAUUGAUUAUGAAAAUACGUGAUAGGUGAAAUAUGCAACAAUGUUACAUCGGAAGUAGAUAAUAAUCGAAAACAAAAAAGAUAUAUUUAUAGAACUUAAACCGGAAAUAUAUAAUAAUCCGAAUAUCUCAUAUGUACACAUUUUAUUUAUAUGUGUUUGAUUUAAUUAAAACAAAAUACGAUAAUGAUUUUCUCUGUGGAAAUAUGGGAGCAUAUAUUUAUAUACAUAGAUCCUAUAUCACUUACAAAUUUGAAAAUAAUUUGUAAAUGUUGGAAGGAAAUUAUUGAUAAAAUGUUACAGGAAAGCACAUUAUGGUAUAAAUUAUGCAAAAAUAAAAUUCCUGAACAUUAUUGGACUAUUUUAUGUGAAACAUUAAAUCCAAACAAAUUUUAUACUAAUUUUCAUGAAAAACAUGAUGCUAAAUUUUGGAUGGCCAUGUAUAAAUUGUGGAUUAAAUGCAAAAAUAUGAUAAAAUGUAAUACACAAAUUACAUGUAUUGAACCAGAUUUAAAAAAUCAUCCUUUAGAAUAUAUUACUUGUAUAGAUACAUCAGAAAGUUUUUUAGCAGUAGGAACAUCUGAAGGAUUUAUUUAUUUUUAUAAUAUUUGCAACUUAAAUGCAAACAUAAAGUAUAUAAUUGAUCAUAUGGAGUACAUAAAAAGUAUACAAUUUUGCAGAGAUGAAACAAAUAUCAUUUGUAUAUCUUGUUCUAUAAAUAAUCAUGUAAACUUUUGGGAUAUGAAUACAUUGAAGAUAAUUAAUAAAACACAUGGAAAGUUAAUUUGCACAAGUUACAGUUAUUGCUAUACUGCUAUGCAUAAUAUAAUAAGUAUUGAAGGAUCAAUACCAAAAACAAUAUUUCAAUUUGGUUCAGAUAGUAUAAUUACUAUGGGUGCAGACAAUAAUAAAGUACUUUUUUAUACGGAAAGAGGAUAUUAUGUAAAUUUAAAAUUAGAUGAAAAAAAUCUUGAAAAAAAAAAUUAUACUCUUACAUAUAUUCAGCCACCAAAUAUUAGAAUUCGUCAAUAUUAUACAUUUAAACCAAAUAUAAUUGCCUGUAUUACAGAAUAUGGAUAUUUGGGUUUUCUAAUAGAAGGAAAAGAAUGGAAAAUCCACAAUCUAUUUCCUAUUUUACAUGGUGAACCUACAGCAAUUUUAGUAUAUGGUCAUAUACUUAUUUUAGGAUUGAAUUCAGGAAAUGUACAUAUAUAUUACAUAGACGAUUUUGAAGCAAUUAAUUUUGAUAUUCUUAAUUCAAAAAAGUUGAGUCUUGGUUCCACAGCUGUUAUUUCAUUAAAUAUAAUGGUUUGCAUUGAAGAAUAUUUAAUUAUUGGUUAUAGCAAUAAAAUUUAUAUUGUUAAUUUUGUUUGAUAUAUAAUUUAAUAUAAAAAUAUGAAAAAUAAUGUAAAAUUUUUCGCAAAUCAAAUUUAUUUAUAAUACGUAUUUAUAAUACAUAAAAGUCUAAGUUCUUUGUUGAAAAAUUAGAAAGUUAUUGAUUGUAUUAAUAUCUUUAAUAAGUAUUUUUGUUAAAAAAAUUUCUAGUACAAAAAUAUAUUUUGAUAUUAAUUUUGAUAAAAA